CAAAGCAAAGGAGCUGAAAUCGUCGUAGUAAAAGCGAACUCCCCUUAAACUGGAGAAGUUCGAUUUCAAAGCCCUCGAAAGACCAGAGCGAGAGAGAGAGAGAGAGAGAGAGAGAGAGAGCGAAGAUGGGAGUUGACUGCCGUAACUGGGACGAAGACACCUACAGACAUACAAUAUUGCAGGAGAGAGAAACCCAAUGCCGAACCGUUUUCAGAACCGCCUUCGCUCCCUCUCCCAACCCUAACCCCGACCUCAUCGUCGCCGCCUCCAGCGACGGCUCCAUCGCCUCCUACUCCAUCUCCUCCCUCGCACUGGAUUUCAGCAAUGGUAGGGGUCAGAAUUCGUUGCUGGCUCGACCUCAACGCUUGCUUCAAGGGCAUGAUGGACCUGCUUACGAUGUCAAAUUUUGUGGGAAUGGCGAAAAUUCUUUGUUGUUGAGUUGUGGCGACGAUGGCCGGAUUCGAGGAUGGAGGUGGAAGGAAUUCUCAAAUAGGGAGGGGGAUAGUCCUUUGCAAGGUGGCCAUUUGAAGCCAAUACUUGACUUGGUGAACCCUCAAUAUAAGGGUCCUUGGGGUUCUCUUUCUCCAAUCCCAGAGAGCAAUGCCAUUGCUGUUGACAAUCAGGGGGAAUCAAUUUUUUCAGCUUCUGGUGAUUGUUGUGCAUAUUGCUGGGAUGUGGAGAGAAGUGAAAUGAAAAUGGUUUUCAAGGGGCACUCAGACUAUCUGCAUUGUAUUGUUGCCCGUAAUUCUGGCAAUCAGAUUGUAACUGGAUCCGAAGAUGGAACGGCACGAAUAUGGGAUUGCAGAAGUGGAAAGUGUGUUCAAGUAAUUGACCUGGUGAAGGACAGGAAGUUGAAAGAGUCACACGUCAGUUGCAUUGCACUUGAUGCAAGUGAGAGUUGGUUGGCUUGUGGCAAUGGCCAGAAUUUGUCUGUUUGGAAUCUUCCUGCCCGUGAAUGCAUUUCGACGAUACCUACUCGUGCUUCAAUUCAAGAUGCAGUAUUUGAUGGCAAUCAAUAAAGCUUAGAUGUUAUGAAGUUCACUUGCUGCUCAUUGUCGAAUUUGCAACCACAAUAAGUCAUCUCUACAGUUGCCAAGAAGAUUUUCAGCUUUCCAAAAACUCUCCUUUCCCCCUUACCUUUAUUGCCCGCAAUUUUGCGGAAAUUUGCUUUAAUGCCCUUCAGCAAGGCUUUUUAAGUAGUUCUUAGAAAUUUAUUCAUCUCGGUAUUUAUUAAAUAUUGUGUGGCACGACAUGGCUUGCUUGCUUAUGCCUUCCCUACUUUUUCCCUAUUCCAUCCCAUUUAACAAUUGCUAUUUCAAACCAUAUGUUUCUCCUCUUUUCCAAUACUUCCGAUUUUUGUUAUAUAACCACUUGAAUGUGCAUGUGAUUUUCUUUUACCAGUUACUUUUCUUCUAUUCUUUCAAAUAUUUUUGUGAUGCACUAUAAGCAUAAUUCAUUUAUCUUAUCUCAUGCACCGUUAGUUUUCCUCCCUUUAGGUUCCC